AUGUACCCUCCUUCUUCCUCCUCCAAGUCCACCUCUCAAGAGGGCGGUGAUGCCAACAACAAUCGAUAUGACUCAGCCGACGGAGCCACACGUGAUUUCUCCUCCCUUGGCUCUCAGUCCCACCACAAUCCUCCGCCGCGGCAGCAGCGUAAUCCUAACGCCGCCGGUCAACACUUCCCCGGCGAGCUAUCUUCGUUAGGUUCGGAUUCCGGUGCUUCUUCUUCUUUGUUCCGGCACAGAAGCUCUCCAGCCGGAUUCUAUGACCAACAUCUUCCCACUGAUCCCAACGGUUUUUCUCUAGGACGGCCAAACGGAGGAUACGGCGGAGGAGAGCGAGGGCCCUCGAGGUUGAAGUCGGAGGCAAGAUUCUCCAGCGGGAGUAAUAGUCAUCAAGAACAUAGCUCUCUACCGCGAAUCCCAGAGGUUGAGGCGGCUGCGGCGGCUAUAAACGGUGUCCCAUCGACGAGUAUGAGUUUUGGAAAUAAUCAUAACAAUUGGGACAACUCAUCUUCUCACAUCAGUUUCACCAUUGACGAACCCGGAAAGCGGUCCAAGACCACCGACUUUUUCACCUUAGAAACUCAGUUUAGCAUGCCGCAAACUUCUUUGGAAAUGGCGAGAAUGGAAAGUUUGAUGAACAUCCCAGAGGACUCAGUGCCUUGUAAGGUCAGGGCCAAGCGCGGUUGCGCGACUCAUCCACGCAGCAUCGCUGAAAGGGAGAGAAGAACGAGAAUAAGCGGGAAGCUGAAGAAGCUACAAGAACUGGUGCCUAAUAUGGAUAAGCAAACGAGCUACGCAGAUAUGUUAGAUUUGGCUGUUGAGCAUAUCAAAGGUCUUCAAAACCAAGUCGAGUCACUAGAAAAAGGAAUGGAGAGAUGUACUUGUGGGGCAUGCAAGAAGCGAUGA